UUUCCUCCCCCGGGGAUGGGGGUUCAGGGGGCCCAAUGGUGGCACCAGGGUGAAAGCGAACGCCUGGCCGUCAUGGCAGCGAACUGCGCUGGUAUCGCCCUGAGUUGUCACGGCGUCACCAUGAAGUGUCAUGUAAAGCCUCCUGGCAGUGGAUCACCACCAAAUAAGGUGGCUACCAGUCCCUUAUUACAAGGAUGUCCUUUAUUUUUUCAUCUCUGAACAAGAUUGGGAGUUAUUGAGUGCUGCAAAAACAGCAAGAAAUACCUCACGCGAAUGUAGACUCAGUGCCAUUGUGCACCCUGGAACUCUUGGCACGGAGGAGAGUUACGGUGGCACACAGAGAACUGUUGCUAUGGCAACAGCAGAAGCUGUCUGCAUCGGUGGGGCCAGGCAGGGUCCGGAAUAGCUUUCUUGGGACUCGGAGGUGAGGACAUCCCCGCUGUGCACAGACAUUGCUCUAGAGACAAUGGAGCUAGUAGAAGCAACACAGCCAGCAGAUACAGGGGAGCCUAAGGAACCAGAGUAUUCUAACCCUCUCCUGAGGCAUGCUCUCACUGGAGAUGUGGAAGGUGUGCAGCAGAUUUUUGCUGACCCAGAAGACCCUGAUGGUGAAAAGGCCAUGCAACUUCUCAUGGAAAAGGACAUCAUAGGGAGAGACCUACUGUACGCAACCAGCAUGGCUGGACAGAGUGCAGUCAUCAGAGCACUGGCAAAAUACGGAGUGGUCAUGAAGGAUAAAACAGCCAGAGGUUACACACUCCUCCACUGUGCUGCGGCCUGGGGCCAGCUGGAGACUUUGAAAACUCUGGUAGAACUGGAAGCUGAUAUUCUAGCAACGACUUUCCAGGGUGAAAAGGCCCGAGAUAUAGCCCACCGUUAUGCACAGAUAGACUGUGUCGAAUUCCUGGACUGGGCAGAAGCUAAGCAGGCUCUGCGGACGUUCAUUGCCCACAUCCAGGCAACGAUUGCAGACCCAGAGAAGGUGCAGGGAAGGCUGAACAAGGAAGACAAGAACAUGUCUCUCAGUGCCUGUUGUGUAAAAUCUGACUGGCUUGAGAACGCCAAGGAGCCCACCAGACAAGACUUCCUGGAUCAGAAGCAGCAGCUGGAAGAUACCAUGCUUCCCAUCUUCACAAAGCUGGCCACGCCCCGUCCUCUGACAGCUAAGAGCACCAGGUCAGCAUUGAACUGCAGCAAAAUCUGAAGCUUCAUUUCCACAUCUCCUGCCUGUCUCAGGUGUAGCUGUUGUUCCAGAUGGCAGAAAACCUUCUGAGGAUCAUGCCUCCUGAAACAGGAAGGACAAAGCACAGCUGGGCUGUCAGGCUUGCUCUCCCACUUCAGUUAUUACUCUAGGGCGCUAGUCAUGUGCAGUGCUUUACAAACACAGAAGGCAACGGCCCUGUCCUGGAGAGUUUGCAAUCUAAAAAUAGCAAAGUCUCUCACCUGUCCCUCCCUUGAAUCAACAGGUGCAGUUUAAAAUCACUCAGCUGAGCAUGUGCUGGAGGCUGUGCUCUGGCUGCCCUUA